AUGAUGAGGUCCCAAAAAAACUUUUGGAAGAAAGGAUACAGCAAGAGGAUCAUUGGAAGUCCGAGACUACAGUGGACCGAUGGAGUUAGUGGCAGAAGAUGCAUGGUCCACCUUAGGAGUAAGAAACUGGAGGGCAAUGGUAGGGAACAGAGGAGCCUGGCAGUUGAUCUUGCGAGAGGCCUCGACUCACAACUGAGAUGUAAUGGCGGAAGAAGAAGUUUAUGA